AUGACUACUACCACCGCUCAGCAGCCAGGACUGAGCUACAAAGAAAUAGCAGAUGCGAUAAUAUCAUUUUUGGAAAUUUCUCUUCAUACAAUUCUCUAUCUCCGUUCCGUCUACCCCCCAUCGACAUUCUCGCGUAGACGAGCCCACCAAGUACCGGUCUAUCAAUCUCGACACCCUCAAGUCAGAUCGUACAUUACCAAUGUCAUUUCCUCCCUGGCUCCAGAGAUACAUAGUGGGAAAUUAAGACGAAUGACGGUAGUGAUCAAAGGGGUAGAAGAUGGAUUACCCAGGGAGAGGAUGAUCUUUGAUCUGGGGUAUCUGGCGGAAUUGGAUAAGCUUAGAGAAGGAAGGGGUAGUGAAGUUGGGUUGAUAGGCGCACCUAAUGCAGAAGAACUGGGACUGAUUCUACGUGGUUUCUUGAUAAAGCUCAAUGCGUUAGAUGGACAGUUGUUAGAUAACCAAGGGGAAACGACUUUUGCUGUGAUAAUCGAGACGAACGAUUCCCUUGAACCUUCCUCAAACAACAAUGAAGAUGGGUCUGUUCCACCAUGGAUACCCGCCUUGGCAAACGAUACCUUGCAUCCACCAUCUUCACAAGAUCUAGAUGGCUGUACGGAAAAGCACGAACCAUUAUUGAACGUAAAAGCAGUUGAGACAGGUGUGAUAGAUAUUCGGUUGAUGGUACAAGAAUGUGUGGCUAAAACAGGUGUCGAAAGGUUAGAUCCGUGA